CUGACCAAUCCCCACUCCUGCCUAAACCUAACCACGUCUAGUGGAUCCGAUUUAGCAUUUACCAGGCAAACAAACAUGGCAAAUACCGACAGCACCCUGGACAUCUCACCGUCUAUCGCUGGUAUUUUGAAUGAAGAACACUGCCCUGAACACUUACAGGUUUUAAAAACAUUCACGGCUGCGUUACGGGACAAGGAAUACAGAGAUGCUGUGAAGGAGGAGGCGUUCUCCAUUCUUCUAAAUGUUUUGUCCCGACUGUGUGAUGAGCUUCAUGCUGCCAGCUGUGACGAUCAGGACCUGCAGUCUGUCGCCCUGCAGCUGCAGUUGACCGCUGAGUGCUUUAGGGCUCAGAGGAACUCCUGUGUCCAGAGCACUCGCAACCAGAGUCUGCUCAGGGAGCUUGGUUUCAUUGAUGUAUCCCUUAAACUCCUAAGCUUCUUUCAGACCGCACAUCUGGAGAGCAGAGAUGGCAUAUUUGAACCUCUUCGUUGUGGGAUCCAGUUUCUCGGUAACUUAUCGGUUGGAAACCAAAUGUGUAAAGAUGACAUUUGGCAGCUGAGCUUCCCAAAUCUUCUCCUGCAGCUGCUCAGUGUUGAUGAUGAGAAGGUGGUAAACUAUACCUCCAUGGUACUCCACACAUGUCUGGAUGAAGCCAAAGUGGAAGAACUGUCUGAUCCUCAGAACAUCCAGCUGGCACUCAGGGUGAUGGAGCUCUGUAGGACCCAACCUGACCUGGACUGGACGGUUCUCAUUGCUACCCAGUAUUUCCUCAAGUCUUCAGCUCUGGUGGAGAGCAUGUACUCUGGGAUGUCUCACCAUGAAAGAGUUACUCUAUUAGAGCUGCUCUUUGCCCAGCUACAAGAGGAAGACUCUUGUGGUAUCCCUCCUAGUGUUGCUCGCUUCCUGGCUACUUCCUUCCAGAAAUGUUGUGGAGCUGUGUUGACACUCGCCACUGGCUCAGCUUCCAAUGAUGAGGUCCUGCAGGAGGCACUGACCGUGAUUAGUCUGCUGGACGUGCUGUGUGAGAUGACCUCAGACCACAGGCAGUUCAUGUUUCUCCAGGACCAUCCUGACCUUCUAGUGACCACUGUUGAGCUCCUGGGGCAGGUACAUGCUAUAGGGAAGGCCAGUAAGAAUAUUUUCAGUGCUGCUCAGAACUUCUCCUCCUUCAGUGGAGAUGGAGACGCUUCCUCCCAUUCUCCUGUCAUCAGUUUCAAGGCCCACCUCAUCCGGCUGAUAGGAAACCUAUGUUACAGCAAUGCCAACAACCAGAACAAGGUGAGAGAACUGGAAGGCAUCCCCCUCAUCUUGGAUAACUGCAGCAUAGAUAGCAACAACCCAUUUAUCAGUCAGUGGGCCAUCUUUACCAUCAGGAACCUCUUAGAACACAACGUGCAGAACCAGGAGCAGGUCAGCGCCCUGGAACGUCGUGGCACCACGGACUACUCUGCGCUCAAGGAGUUGGGUUUCUUGGUGGAGGAGCGAGAUGGAGGCUUGCUGCUCAAAACUGUGAGGAAAGACUGUUGAAAACCUUGGAGGAGCACCCGGAGAGAGGAGGCCCCCAACCCGCAAGCAGGUUUUCAUGCAAAGUAUUUGUUUAGAAAGGAAUAAAGUACAUGUGCACACAUACACACUUAUGUGAACAUGUGCUCUUGUUGUGCUACAAGCCUCCAUUAAUGUUACCUAAUACUUAAGCUUCUUCUGCGGGUGAAUUACCUGUCCACUACUAAACAUAUACAUGUUGUGUCUGUCCAGAAUAACUUGACAGCCACACAGCCGCUAGAUUAAGAAGAAAAAUGCUUUAGAAUUAUAUAUUUCUAUCAGAGAAGUAUGUUUAAAUUACUUUUCUACCUGAGUAAUGCUUGCACUCAUGCCCAGAUGGGGCUUAAGAUAUUAUUGAUACACAAAAGGCCCAUGGGGUCACCCUGGUAAAAAAGCAAAGGUCAAGACAUCAGGAGCUCUUGUUUUGUCUUGACCUGGGUCUAGGAAAUGAAGAGUUUGGGAGAAGCGAACGCAUGCUGGUACCUUUUGGCAGAGCUGAUGCUUUGUGGUAUAAUCCAAAGACAAAGAGCACCGCAGUGUCCGGGCUUUUCACUUUUCACAGACACUGAUGUUACCAGCAGGGGUUGGGAUUUAAUCCCAGGCCCAUAGUGACUUCUGCAGUAACCGCGAAAAACAGAGAAUGACCAAAACAUGAAGUAAUCAACCCCCUCACCGCCUUACCUACUUAAAUGGUGGUGUCGUUGCCAGGGGGACAUUCAAACGCUUAAAACAAUUUCUCUAAACUGGUGUGAUAUUAAUAUUAUAAUCUAAGGACAUCUAAGUGCAAAAUGCAAUACUAAAACUAAUAACUGACGCUAUGCAUGUUUUGUAAUUUAAAAACUGCUCAGUAUACAGCAUGAGCUUAUACUCAACAUAGUGAAUUUCAUCUUAUUCUUAAUGAUCUUUUUUUCCAUCUUAUUGCAUAGUACUAUAGAUACAUACUGUAAGAGAUGAGGUCUUAUGGCAUGCAUCAUAGAUCGUUAUCCAUCUUUAAACUCACAACAUUAAGUACAUGUUUUAGACCGCUUCUCUUUGCUCUGGGCAAGCUACAUUUGAGUUUUUUACCAGACUGCAUAGACUUUCUUAGAGAUUUAGUGAAUAUGGUAUUUUCUGUUUAGAGGUGUGUGUGUGUGUGUGUGUGUGUGUGUGUGUGUGUGUGUGUGUGUGUGUGUGUGUGUGUGUGUGUGUGUGUGUGUGUGUGUGUGUGUGUGUGUGUGUGUGUGUGUGUGUGUGUGUGUGUGUGUGUGUGUGUGUGUGUGUGUGUGUGUGUGUGUGUGUGUGUUCAUUUGAUAAGAGAUGGUGAUUCUGGAUCAGUAGACAACGCAUGAGAGCAUACUGAAAGUGUAUGUCCAAAGAGUGAGUGGGAAGCAUUAGUUUGCAGAAUGACAUCCCUCCCUGCUCCUCCCGUUGCUGGAUAAGCUGAACAGUCCUGACACCUCAACAAUGCAGCGCUUUACUGGCCUGCUCGCACCCUGCCCCACCCUGUUUGCUCUGCCUCUGAUUUUUAAUGACAAAAUGUAUUGAAACAAUCGGCUGGACUCUCCCCUCAAUCCGCCGGCAUAGUGAAGGGAGCUUAUGUGGUUCCGGUCCCCAGGAUUUCAGACAGCUAACAAAACAGCUGUUACUUGCGCUCGACUGGCUGGCUGCAAUGCUUUUCAGCCCCACAGGAAAGAGGCUGUGCAAGUCAGCCGGGCUGAAUGAGGUGGCAUGGCCGCGGCUGCCUGUUCACCUCCUAACACAUUAGUACCACAUCAGUCGAGGCCAGAAGUUCUUGUGUUUCCCAUAUCAGCGUUUUAUACCACAGGCCUCUACUAUAUAGUAUUUGUGCCUUCUGGUUUGAUAUUUGCCUUCAGCAAAAAACAAUUGUCAGGAUGUAAAGUAUGUUUUAUGUUUGGGUCAAAUAAUGUUUAUAUAAUGCUUAAUAAAGUAUUGUGUGUGUGUGA